AUGCCGAGUGCGCAGAUCCGUGCGCUUUGCCUGGAGGCCGAGGCGCGCCCCUGCGUCUCGGCCUACCGCGCGCUGGUGCAGGCGGAGCUCCGGUACUUGGCAGCCCGGCUGACCCCCGGCGACGGCCCCGACCCGCAGCCCCCGGCGGACGACCGCAAGGCCCAGCUGCGCCGCUUCAUCGAAACCCUCAAAGCGCGGCAGCGCCCCUCGGCCCCGGAGGCCCCCUCUUCCCUCCCCUCUUCCCGGCCUGUGAUAUCGCCGGGCCCUGCAGGGCGUGAGGGGCGGCCCGGCAUCACGGCGGCGGCCUGCGCGCGGUACCGGGCGGGGUGGCUUUCGCUGCUGCAGGAGUUCACGACGCGGAAGGUGGUGCUCACCCGCGUGCUGUCCUACCCGAACGGGGAGUUCAAGCACGUCGAGCUCGGGCUCGUCUCGCACUGGCUGGACACCUGGGGGGCUUUUUUUCGCGAGGCGGAGCAGCUCUGCCGGGAGCUGAAAGGGGUGGAGCGGGAGGUGGGGAUGCCCCUCGCGCUGCCCCCGACCCGCGGGCUCUACAACCUCCUCGACGACGUCUGCCGACUCCAGCUCCAGGCCCGCUCACUCGUGGGCCGGGAGCGGUACCGCCGGAGUGCGGCCAACGAGGACGCCAUCGAGGAUUUCUUGGCAAAUCACGAGCAGCUCACUCAGUGGUGUGGGAAGCAGCACGGGGUGCUUCUCGAGCUCGACGCCGUCGACCCCCUCCACGACUUCUGCGAUCGUCUUCGCCAUAACGCGCCGGUGAUGGAGAGCAAUUUCAUGGUCUUGACGGAGCAGGCGGAUGUCCUCGCGGGGGAGGAUCACGUGCAGGCGGGCCUGCGGCGUGCCAAUCGCGCGUGGGUGGGGCUUUGCUAUGGGACCUACGAGCGGCUGCGGGCGGCGGUGCGUAGGGAGCAUCGAGCCUCCGCGGUCGAGGCGAGCUGUGAGAAGUGGGUGCGGGAACUCGGGCCGCGCGUGCGGGAGGUCCUUUCCAAGGCAAACCAGUUUCUACACGCACAGGCGAGUGAAUCCUCCUCGUCCUCGAUUUCCUCACUAGCGGAGCGCUGCGAUGAGCUGCUGCUCGACCACGAUGCCCACCACGUGAUCUGUGCGCAUAUAUCGGACUACGACGUUCGCGAGGAUUGCGUGCAGCCACAUAUUGAUGCGCUGAAAAUGGAGCUGGAAUCCGAUUUGACGUCGAUGAUUCUCAGCUUUUCGCACGUCGUGGAUUACGAGGAGCGCGCCAUUUAUAAAAACCGUAUUGAGGAGUUGAAGGAGUGGAUUGAGGUGAAUUCGCAGAAAGGGACGUACAUGAAACUUUUAGAGCGACUGGAAGUGACGAAGGAGAUGAUUGCUGAGUACGCCGAUGCUCUCUUCCCUGAUGAUGCUCAUUGA